CUAACUUCAAGACAGUGAGUAAGCAAGCGGUCCAUCUUCUCUGACGAAGCGCGAAUGUCGCUCUCAAUAGUUUGAAAUCUAAUUUUCCUGAUUGUCUUGGUAAAAGCAAAGCAAAAUUCUGGCAAAAUUGUGCGCGUUCGUGCCCGAUGUCUAGUGCUGAAGUCGCCGAUAAUUCCGUUGACCCCCCGGCGAAAAAGCGGAAGCUAAACACAGGAGAAUCCCGUUCCAAUUCUUCAGCAAUGGCGAACAAUGGAACGCGCAUGGAAGAUGAAAUCGACGAGAGCCUGUAUUCCAGGCAGCUGUACGUGCUGGGCCACGAUGCUAUGCGUCGGAUGGCAAAUUCCGACGUUUUAAUAUCGGGUUUAGGAGGCCUGGGCGUGGAAGUCGCAAAAAAUGUGAUUCUCGGCGGUGUGAAGUCGGUGACUCUGCACGAUGACCGUAACUGCACAAUCUCGGAUUUAUCUUCUCAGUUCUAUUUGUCGGAGGCUACGAUAGGUCAGAACCGUGCGACGUCCUCUGUCGAGCAGCUAGCUGAGUUAAAUCACUAUGUGCCAACUACGGCGUACACGGGUGCUCUUACAGAAGAGUUUCUCCGAAAGUUCAGUGUGGUGGUUCUCACUAGCGCUUCGUGGGCUGAACAGGAGCGUGUAGCAGCUAUUACUCACGCUAAUAAUAUCGCGCUGAUUAUCGCGGACACGAGGGGCCUGUUUUCUAGAGUGUUCUGUGAUUUUGGAGAAGAUUUUACAGUUCGCGAUGUGAACGGUGAGAAUCCGGUGUCGGCGAUGAUUGCCGCCAUCACGAACGACCAGCAGGCGGUGGUCACUUGUCUUGACGACACACGUCAUGGACUGGAAGACGGGGACUAUGUCACUUUCAGUGAGGUCCAAGGCAUGACAGAAUUAAAUGGUUGCGAGCCCCGCCAGAUCAAAGUCCUGGGUCCAUACACCUUCAACAUCGGAGACACUACAGGCUUCUCCAAAUAUGAGCGUGGCGGCAUUGUCACUCAAGUCAAGAUGCCCAAGACACUAGCCUUUAAGUCCUUAAAAGAAUCUUUCAAGAACCCAGAGUUUGUUAUUACGGACUUUGGCAAGUUCGACUAUCCACAGCAGUUGCACUUUGCGUUUGCUGCACUCUACAAGUUCGAGGAUAACGAGGGUAGACUGCCGAGGCCCUGGAGUAAUGAUGAUGCUGCCAAGUUCAUGGAUUAUUUGAAGGGCAUUUUGGCUGAUCCGGAGUACAAGCAUGGCGAAUUGGAAAUCAAUACUGAGCUUAUGGAGAUAUUCUGCAAGGUCUCCGCUGGUGACCUAAACCCGAUGAACGCAGCCAUUGGCGGCGUAGUAGCCCAGGAGGUGAUGAAGGCUUGCUCCGGCAAGUUCCACCCCAUCGUCCAAUGGCUCUACCUGGACGCCAUCGAGUGCCUGCCCAAGGACCGCUCGGCCCUGACCGAGGAGACCUGCAAACCGACUGGCUCGAGAUAUGAUGGCCAGGUUGCUGUGUUCGGACAGGACUUCCAGAAGAAAUUGGGAUCGUUGAAGUACUUCGUGGUUGGCGCUGGCGCCAUCGGCUGCGAGCUCCUCAAGAACUUCGCGAUGCUCGGCGUCGGCGCGGACGGCGGCCGCGUCACCGUCACCGACAUGGACCUCAUCGAGAAGAGCAACCUCAACCGCCAGUUCCUCUUCCGCCCCUAUGAUGUGCAGAAACCCAAGUCCAGCACCGCGGCUAGGGUUAUCAAACGCAUGAACCCAUCAAUGAACGUGCUCGCUCAAGAGAACCGAGUGUGCCCCGAGACCGAGUCCGUGUACGAUGACCACUUCUUCGAAGAAUUAGACGGGGUUGCUAAUGCUCUGGACAAUGUGGAUGCGCGUAUAUACAUGGACAGACGCUGUGUGUACUACAGGAAGCCGUUGCUUGAAAGUGGUACGCUUGGGACCAAGGGCAAUACGCAGGUUGUCGUGCCCUUCCUGACUGAGUCCUACAGCUCAUCCCAGGACCCCCCGGAGAAGAGCAUCCCCAUCUGCACCCUGAAGAACUUCCCCAACGCCAUCGAGCACACGCUGCAGUGGGCACGUGAUGAAUUUGAGGGUUUGUUCCGGCAGGCGGCCGAACAUGCCGCUCAGUACUUGGCCGAUCCUCACUGGGAGGAGCGGACUCUGAAGCUGCCGGGCAGCCAGCCUCUCGAGGCUAUAGAGAGCGUCAAGAACGCCAUAAACGACCGGCCCCUCACGUUCGCCGACUGCGUGACCUGGGCGCGCUUCCACUGGGAGUCGAUGUACUCGAGCCAGAUCAAACAGCUGCUGUACAACUUCCCCCCGGACCAGCAGACCACGUCCGGCGCCCCGUUCUGGUCGGGCCCCAAGCGCUGCCCGGCGCCGCUCGCCUUCGACCCGCACGAGGAGCUGCACCUGGACUACGUGGUGGCCGCCGCCAACCUGCGCGCUACCGUGUACGGCCUGCCGCACAACACCGACCGGGAGGCCAUCGCGCAGAUGGCCGCGAGAGUACCUGUACCGGAAUUCAGCCCCAAAUCCGGCAUCAAGAUCGCCGUGACCGACGCCCAGCUCCAGCAGAACAACGAUGAACCCGACGUGGACCGCGCCAAGUCGCUGGUCAAGGAACUCCCGCACCCCUCCACCCUCGGCGGCCUUAAGAUCACCCCGUUGGACUUUGAGAAGGAUGACGACACCAACUUCCACAUGGACUUCAUUGUAGCAGCUUCCAACCUGCGUGCGGCGAACUAUAAGAUUCCGCCCGCUGACCGCCAUCGCUCUAAACUCAUCGCCGGAAAGAUUAUCCCCGCCAUAGCGACUACGACUUCAGUAGUCGCCGGACUCGUCUGUCUCGAACUCUACAAGCUCGCUCAAGGCUUCAACACUCUCGAAGUCUUCAAGAAUGGCUUCGUCAACUUGGCACUUCCGUUCUUCGGAUUCUCCGAACCGAUCUCGGCCCCGACCAACAAGUACUAUGACAAGAAGUGGACGCUCUGGGACCGCUUCGAAGUCAAGGGCGAGGUGACUCUUCAGCAGUUCCUGGAUUACUUCAAGAAUGAGCACAAGCUGGAGAUUACCAUGCUGUCGCAGGGCGUGUGCAUGCUGUAUUCCUUCUUCAUGCUGAAGCAGAAAUGUGCUGAGAGACUGAACUUGCCCAUGUCGGAGGUGGUAGCGAGCGUUUCUCGCAAGAAACUAGAACCUCACGUGCGGGCUCUAGUAUUCGAGUUGUGCUGCAAUGAUGAGAGUGGAGAAGACGUGGAGGUCCCUUACGUGCGAUACACGUUGCCUUAGCGCGCGAGAGCUGGG